CCUCAGCAAACACGAGAACUUUCUUUGUAACACCAAAUGGUUUGGGCAACAUAAGAGUUCCACGAAAUGAAGGAAUCUCCUAUAAAAACAGGUUAACCCAUUAAGUUUGAAUGCAUCCUACUUCAUUAUUUUAGGGGCUGUUUAUAUGGUCCCCAGUGUGGAAAGUUUGUAUUGCGCAGCGGAUAUCUGUGGCACAUACUUUUGAUUAAUUACUAUUAAAUUUUUGAAAUCUCUGGUGUGCAAUUUCCAAACUUUCCAGUCAGGUAUGGUCCUGUUUACCUGGGAUUCAAUGAAGUGUGACAUAUUUUGAGUAAUUGAAAUAAGUCGCACUUCAUAAUCUAAUAAAGUUGCUUGUUACAAAUUGUAUUAAAUUCCAUGUUUUAGACAAAAAACAAAUGUUGUUGAAUGCUUGGGUUAUUUAUAAUGGCAAGGGAAAACUACUUGCUGUCACCUCAGCUGUGUCUUUACAUAAAAAUUUGUACAGUUGUGUCAAAAUAUUUGUACUAUUUCGGUUACACCAUCCUUCAACUUACUUUAUUUAACCCUUGACAUUUCAUACACAUUGUAACGGUCUGUUCAGGUUCUUUAUUCUCCUCAAUAGAAUACACUUUCAACUUUUCAAUCGCUUCUUCAAACGAAUGCAAAGGCACGACAUGAUUAUGUAAGAAAUAAACAAAAUCUUUUGGACUUUCAAUGGUUUGCGCUUUCUUUCUCGCUGAUUUUGUUUUGCUACGAAAAAGCAGAGCCUUUCCAGGCGAGCGAAAAGAUCGCAAAACACAAUAUGUUCUUUGCAUCAUUGCGGCCGCCAUUUUGAAUUUUGAACGAAAUAAAUUUCUGGUAAAAUAGGGAAAAGUUUCACCGAGAAUUUUGUCGCAGAUAUCAUCAAUAAAUCAUGCCAUAAAUCGAUAAUCAAUCAAUGGAAUCAUAAGGAAAUAUCACUGGGAAAUAUGGACUGAAAUAUCGCUAAUUUAAAUGGAAGCACCAGGUACUUUCAAGACGCUUUGACAUAAAUGUAAACAAAAGAAAAUUACAAACUAUUGGCAAAAUUUUUGGGAAAAUGGCAACAAAAUAUAGUUUUUUAGGAAGACAAGACCGAUUAGGAUUAUAUUCUAACGAUUCUUUGCAUACAGGUAGACUGAAGUGAUUGCUAUCAUCUUUUUAAAUUCAUUUUAAAGCGACACACGGACAAUAUUUUGCUGUCACAAACAAAUUAAUAUUAAAUUAUUUUGUUUUCAACAGAACGUAUAUCGGCGAAUAAAACGGUUGAUGUUAUUGGAUGGAUUAUAACUUUUAUUGCAUAUGUUUUUGCAAUUCUGACGCUUCCUGUAUCUGUGUUUUGUUGUGUCAAGGUAAGGCGUUAUUCUAUCACGAUUGGGGGAUUUAUUUUGGGGGUAAAAAGCAAGAAAAAAAUCGCAGAGGCGACUGCGUUUCGAAGCUCAUUGUGUGGAAUUAUGGCAACCCUACGUUGUAGUCUUUCGACCACUGGACAGAUUUAAAUGCGCUUAUCCUUCAACGAAGGGAAGCCAAUUAUAAAUGGUCGAAUUAUUGUAUUUAUACACGUUGUAGCUGUCGUGUGUUGUGAUUAAGGGAGGGUAUGCAAGCGCUCUUAACGUCUGCGCAUGUCAGGGUAAGACGUGGUGGCUUUUAUAAAAGGACAUGAUCAACCACAAUGCAAUGCGCGUUUUUGUUUACGUUUUUCAGUUACUUUCUUCAAUAGUUACCACCAUUUUCGAAGCCACGAAAAUGGUUGUCUCUGGCCCACAACAAAACAGAAACAUAAACAAACAUAUGCAUUGCAUUGUGGUUGAUCCUGCACUUUUGAAGUAACUGAAUUAACCCCCAGCCAACUAAGUUCAAUCCCUUGCAUGGCAUAUACUACAUUAUGAAAAUAACUUGAGCCUAGAUCCAGUAUUUUAACACACUAAUUCUAUUUGUAGAUAAUCCAAGACUAUGAGAGGGCUGUUAUAUUUCGGCUUGGUCGGUUGCAACCUGUGAAACAGCCAGGUCAGUUAGCUAAGCAAUAAACAUACUUCGAGGACUAGUAAUUAAUUUGGUCAAGUGUAAAGUCUUUAUGAUUUUUUUCCAUUUUGUUACGGGCAGGAGUAAUAUUCAUUUUGCCGUGCAUUGAUAAGUGGGACAGAGUGGAUAUGAGGGUGAAAGCUUUUAAUGUACCACCACAAAAGGUAACCUAUUCAAGUUAAAUUUAGUAACUACCAACAUCAUCAUCAACAUGAAAUCAUCAUCACAUUGUCCCCAUCAUCAUUACCACCACCACUAUCAUCAUCAUCAUCUUAAUCAGCAUCACCAACACCUCGGUACUGAUCACCAACAUCAGUACCAUCAUCAUUACUAUCACCAUUAUCAGUACCAUCAGCAGCACCAACAUCAGUACCAUCACCAGAUCAUCAGUACCAUCACCAUCAUUAGUACCAUCACCACCACCAUCACCAUCAUUACCAACACCAGUACCAUCACCAUCAUUACCAACACCAGUACCAUCGCCAUCAUCAGUACCAUUACCAACACCAGUACCAUCACCAUCAUCAUUACCACCACCAUCACCUGGCCCUUGUAUGACCACACUACAUCAACCCUUGGAUUCAAUAUACUCCUUCAAACAUUUAGGUAGAAAUGAACGCUUUUCCAAACUCAUCUUGAAAAAAUCACAGAAACAAAUCUAGUUCUAAUUCUUUGCAGAUUCUCACAAAAGACCAGGCGGCAGUUUUGGUCGGAGCUACAGUUCAGUUUCUAAUCAAAGAUCCAGUGGCUUCCAAAGGAGUCGUGCAGGACUUGAAUCACUCAAUGCGUGUUCUGGCACAAACCACGUUGGUCAAUAUCAUGAUGACACUGAAACUAGUCGAAAUACAAAAUGAUAAGAAGUUUACUAGUAUACAUGCACAGGUAUACACAUGUAUCUAAUAAACAACCAGUAACACAUGUUGGACAUUGGUGACACACAGUGGUUAGUGCAUGUGGUUUUCACUGCUUGGACCGGAAUUCUCACCUCAGUCACAUGUGAGAAGAGUGCUUCCACUCUACCAAACACCACAGGUUUUCUCCAGGAGUUCUGGGUUCCCCAAGUAGCAACCAUAUAAACCAUAUAUCAAUAUGGAAUGGUUCUUCCUGGAUCUCUAGGGAGAACAAUUUUGAACUGAUAAGUUUGUUUUAAUGAUUCUAUUCGAUUUUUGACUGGUCAUGCCAAAUCUAUUAGAGGACAAAUAUUAUGUACACUGUCUUAUUCUUAACUCUCCGAUGAGAUUCAACAUCAGGUAACCACACAUUAGUCAAUUUCUUGCCAGAUUGCUUCAAAGAUUAAUACUGUUAUAUGUUUAAUUUUCAUAUAGGAUGAGCUGAACAAAGCAACAAAAUCAUGGGGUGUACAGAUCCACAGAAUUGAAAUGUAAGGACUAUUAAGACUAUUAAGGUUUGAUUAUUCGCCCAAUUUACGCAAGAGACGAUCAUUUGUCUUCUUUUGCUAUCAACAUAAGUUAGAUGCGCUAUCCAGAGGAACCAGCUCGAAUACAAGCAGGACUGACGUUAAUUUUCCUUGACAUAAACUGUGAGGACUUCCAUACCGUCAUGCCAUGGAAAUUUAUACAUACUUGCUUUUCUCCAUCUUAGCUCGGAACCUCAGGUCAUCUGUGCUCCGCCUGAAUUCAAACCGGAUCUGGCUUCCAUGUUCAAAGGUGCUGACAAUCCAAUAAGCACUCUAUUUCAAGGUAAAUACAAAUUAUCACUAAAUGAUGUGUAAACGACAACUGCAACAACACAUGUUCUCCAGUACAGAUAAUCUCUUAUUGAUUCAGUGUUACUACAGGAGGAAACGGCUAAACAAAACUAUAUUUUAUACUGGACAGCUCUAUCAGUUCUAAACUGUUCUUCCUCGAGGUUCAGUAAGAAUUAACCCUUGUUGAUCCAGUGUUACUACAGGAGGAAAGUGAGAAGCCUACAGUGCUUGGUAGAGUCAAACUGGAAGUACCAUCUCGCACGCAACUGGAGUGAAAUUAUAAUGAGACAACUUCAUAUUGCAGAAUCAAAUCCCAGUCAGAGAGAUGGUAGGAAUUGAGAUAUCGCCACAGGAUUUUUAUGAUUUUUUAUGCUAAAAAAAAACUCGCUCUUCUUUAUUUACAGUUAUGCAGGGAGCCACAAGUGGCAUCACCCCACAAGUACUUCCAUCACGCAGUAACCCUGCCACCCAUCAUGCCCCAGCCAUGCCCGUAUCACGUGAACAACCACCUCACCCCACGCCACUUGACCCCGAUCAACUGGUCGCCAUAUUUAAUCACGUGACAGACGAGCGACUCGUGCAAGAGAUUGGUUGUGUAUAUCAGUUCAACAUCAGCGGCCAAGGAGGAGUCUGGUAUCUCGAUUUGAAAAACGGCUGCGGGCGUGGAGGCAAGGGCCCGCCUUUAGGGUGUAUGCCUGAUGCAGUGAUUUCACUGUCCUCGGAAGAUAUGCACGCCCUGUUUGCGGGAGAGAUGACGGCAUUCAAUGCCUACAUGCAAGGCCGGGUAACGGUCGAGGGUGAUGUUCGCAUGGCCAUGAAAUUGGAAAGUGUUGUUGAGCGAAUGAAACAGCCUCGCAUGGGGAUGAGAACUGCGCAUGUGCAAAACGAUCAUGGACGAAAUGAUGUAAUGAUUAUUUAGAUUUACAUGAACAUUAAAAUAUGACCUUUGCAUCAAUGCUAAUACAAGUCAAAACAAUGAGUGACUGGAUGGCAUAGAGAACAGUGAGAUUUUGAAAACAAUGGAACAUUCUGAUCACUGGAUCGUGACUGGAUGGCAUGGAGAACAGUGAGAUUUUCAAAACAAUGAAAAGACAAUGGAACAUUCUGAUCACUUGAUCAUGACUGGAUGGCAUCAUAGACAAUUCAGAAGACAUGUCUUCUGGAUUGUCUAUGAUGGCAUAGAGAACAGUGAGAUUUUCAAAAUAAUACGGUAUCUGAAUUCAUAUUAGAAGACGAGAAACUCGUCCAGAUAUAAAUUCGAGACGAGAAACUCGUCCAGAUAUAAAUUCGGUCAGUUUCAACUUUUCCGUCUCAACUUUUCCGUCUGAACGACGGGAAAGUUAGACGAAUUUCUCGUCUUAGACGGGAACUCGUCUUAAAUUUAUAUCAGACGAUAAAUCAAGACUGGUUUCUGCUCGUGACGUUGAAAAGAGACUGGGAUGGAGGGUCUCCUAUUUUUUCGGGUUUAUCCGUCCGAUGGUUCAUACCAGACGGAAAUCCGCCGCACGAGUUUGCCGUCUUAGACGGAAAUCUGUCUUCUCAUAUGAAUUCAGCUAAUGAAACAUUUUGAUCACUGGAUCAUGGCUCGAUGGCCUGGAGAACAGUGGGAUUUUCAGUGUUUAACAAAAUUUCAUUACAUUGAGUAAUAAUUCAUGAAAUUAUAGUCAUGAAGGAGCCUGUAUAUAGAAAAUCCUUUUACUGGUAAUAUAUCAAUCUAUAUAGAAAAUCCUUUUGAUUUAUAUAAAAUGUAAGUUCAUUUUCUCAAAUAUCAUUCCGAGUGAGAAACUAACUUGAAUUUAUUUUAAACUGUUUUGACAAAACAAACAACAAGAUUAUACUUAAACCCCCUUAUGUCUUUGAUCUGUAUUUAUAAGUGUAAAAGUCCGAAUUGAUGCCUUCAAUUUUGCAACUCACUCUCUACAGACCUUUG